GUGAAGCUAGUCCAGCGAUGAACAAUUGACUUUCCACAUACGAUACUACAAAGCCGCGACAGAGAAAAGGAGAAUAGACGCGGGAUCUUUUGAGAAAGGAAGAAAAGACACCUAUCAAUAUGUCGGCCAAAUACGCAUUCUCGCAGACUUUGAAGGAAGUCAGGUUUUUAUUUUGUCAGACGGGUGCUCAUAGUGAUGCCACUAGGUAUGAUUUCCCCUCCUUGUCCUUCUUCCGGCUGGAGGCUUCUUCUUCUCUGAUACCUCCUAUAUUCUACAUGUUCCCCCUCGUCUCAGCUACAUAACUACAAUACUGCAAGGCCGAAUCUAAUAACCCCUCCAGAUCAUUCCUCGCAAGAACAUACCCAACGAUGAAAAAGCACAAUCCAAAUACCCCAAUAAUGUUGAGAGAGGCGGCAGGUACACAACCCAAGGUUUAUGCACGAUAUGAGUUUGGGAGGGAGGUUAGCGAGGAUUUAGCUGGUAGGUCCAUCUUUGAUUAUGGUUUAUGGUUUCUGGGUGUCUGCUCGAAGUAGAAUGUGAAGGAGUGGGAUGGAGGGUGCAGUGUGAUUGUCAGAGUGGCUGGAAGACGUCGAGUAAGGAGGGGGUGAUUUAGAUAUUGUGUUGUAAAGAGUGCAAGCUGGAGCGGGGUGAAGAUAAAUGGCCAUGUGUUGGGAUGCAGAUUGCCGUUAAGGGCUUCAGUUAUCAAUUGGACUGAGAUGAGAAAGGAUGCCGGAGGAACAGCAUUCAAUCGCAUUCACUAGAGGAAAAAUGCUAACCUAAGCGCAACAGGAUUGUCAGAUAAAGAAAUCGAAGAAAAGGUCACAGGAUUAGUCCAGCAAUAAGUAGGAGUUUGCUAGCGAGGUCGGGUUGCGGAACUAUUAAAUGGGAGACAUAAAUGGAGUCAUGAAAUGAGAAGCAUAAAAUGAGAGUUUUGUGAUGGGCAAAGAAAGUAGAAGCAAGGAGUCGUUGUACAUAUCCCGUGGAUGAGACGAAGAUAGAGCUCUGGAAAGAGAUGCUAAAUAAGCAUUAUGUUACGAACUCAUGA